UUGGGAAGAAUAGAAUUAAUUGUCAUUAAUUAAAAAGAUAGAACUUACAAAGAAUACCAAAAGAUUGAUGAACAAGGCUGAAAAGCCCUCUAAAAUUCGUGCUAGGCACUCACUCUAAGCUCCCCCUUGAAAACGGGGGUUUACAGGCUGUUUAAAUAGAAAAAUCGGGUGAAAUUUGAGCUGAAUUAGGAUUUUCGGAGCCAGACACGAUGCCAGGCCCGAUCGUGCCUUCGAUCGUGCCUCCGGAGCAAAAACGCGCAUUUUGGGCAGGCACGAUCGUGCCUCCCUCCAGGCACGAUCGUGUCUGGCAGGCAGUAGCUCGGCGGUGCUUUUCUCUUGAGGCACAAUCGUGUCUGACUUUGAGGGCACGAUCGUGCCUACUUAACUUCCGAAUUUGACAAAACUUCCUUCAUGAAAGUUGUAGAUAAUGAAGUCCUCUAUCCACCCCAAUUUGCCGAAUGUGAUUUGAAUCAUCCAAUCAAGAGAUAUGAUCAAAACGGUUGAAGGUGUCUUUCUGAAAUCGCAGCAGAGAUCAUCUGACUUCAUCGUCUAUUUUCACCUUCUUCCUCUCAGAUUCUCGCAAAGGUGUCUUCAUAUUAUUUGUAGCCCUUGAAGUUGGCUUUCCUUUUCAACUUGAAUCGUGUCCAUUGGUUUUUCCUACAAAGAGAUAAGCUUGAACGAUUGACAGAAGGUCAUUCUGAUCGUCGUUUUCAAGCUUCAUUCAUAUUCUUUUGAUCCCGAAGCCAAUCCUAGAGCUCUUUUUCCUUUAAAUCUUCAUCGUGAAUCUUCCGGUGACUUCCAAAGCUAUAAAAUCAUUCUCAAAUGCUUCUCAAAUCAUCCCGAUUGUUCCUCAAGUGCCGGUACCGGGCUCAAAUUCCCUGAUUUUGACUACAAACAACACAAAACUCGAACCAACGUCCGGUAAACAUAACUUGGGCUAAAAUUGAGACUUGCAACACCUUAAAGCUGGGAAAACCAUCAAAAGCUGAUCUCAACACGCAUCAAAUGCAUGUCUAAAUACGGACUUAUCAGGUUACUAUGCUGAAAAAUGCAUAGGAUCUCUGCAAGUACCGGGGACAGAGCCCCACUCUCUAUCUGUCAGAUUGUGAUUAUAGUCCAAUUUACAUCCUCCCAUCGUGCCGUCCGGUCGGUGGUGGGGGGCCCUCAGGGAUGGGGUGUCAUCCUUUUUUACAGAUGAUUGAAAAAGAAUGAACAACCCAACAAUUUGUAUACAUAUUUCAUGCUACGUACUUUACUAAAUAUAAAAUACAAACACCAAUUCACCAAACGCAAGUAUGAAUCAAAGUGGAAAUAUUCAAAGGUCCAAGCACUCUACUUCUUGCUUUCUUUCGUGAACCAUGCGAACCUCAUUCCUGCAUUUGUAUCUCAUUGUGACCGAUAAAUGCAUAUUGAAAAUUUAGAAAUGCGGCUUGCCACUAAGCGAUUACAAAGGUCACCGAGGAAGUUAAACAGCAUGAUUUGGAGAGAUGGCAUGCAUUACAAUAUUAUAUUAUUAAGAGGGAUUUUUGUAAAAAAUUACUGAUAUCAAAUUUGUUAACUGUACUACAUUGUUACUAAAGCUACCAUUGACUCAAUGUCAUGAUGCUUAUACGUAGCAUAAGACUAAAUAUGCUUAAAUAAAAAUAUAUAAACUUCUUAAAAAACAACCCAAAAUUGGUUUUUUAUACUAACGCUAAUAUCCUGGUUUUCCACUUUUCAUCUAUUUUUGUGUUUUCAAUUCCAUCAAUAAUCCAACCGGUUUUGUUUACUAAUUAACGCUAGUAUCCUGGUCAAUUCAGUCGAGGCAUGCCGGUUUUUAAACGUAGUGUAGAUAAUAUAAUGAGUUUUUUUUAAAGGAUUAAUCUAAUGAGAUACUACGUAUGUACUAACUAUCUUUGAAAAUCUAUUUAUAAAAAUGAGGUUGGAAAAUACUCCGUAGAAAUUAGAUCACAUUACACUGGAUCGCGCGAUAUUAUCGCGCGGCGAUAUCAUUUGAGAGUAAAGAUGAGAGAUGACCGAAAAUGUCAAUCUCGCUCUUAAUCUUGAUACUUGAGAAGCAUAUUAGUAAUGAUUAUAGCCUCAUAGGGAUCAUAGAUUUGUUUUGGACCAGGGAUGGAAUCCGUACAGAGUCAACCAGCUCCUCCCCCAUCGGCAGAAGAACAAGAUCAUCUCAAUCGCUCUACUAAGAAAAUUAAGCACGGCAUAUCAGUAGGAUCUGGUAAGAGGUCUUUUGCAGAAACGGUGGCAGCACAUUUGGGCGUACAAGAGCAAGCUAAUUCAGAUUGGUGUAUGGAGGUGGAAGAUGAUUUAUCUGAUGAUGAAGACUUUAUCCCUGAUGACAAUGAUAUCCCGAGGGUUAUUAUAUCUAAGGAGAGGAAAAAGGAAAUUAGACAACAAUGGAGGAAGGCUUUAAUUAUCAAAACCAUGGGCAAAAUCCCGUUCCCAGUUCUGCAGUCCCGACUACUGAGGAUGUGGAAUCCUCAUGGCAGAUUGGAGUUCAUUGAUCUAGGUUAUGGAUACUAUUCUAUCAAAAUGGAUCUACAGAGGGAUUACUUUCAUAUUCUAAUGGAAGGUCCUUGGAAGAUUUUUGAUCAGUACAUCAUUGUGAAUCGCUGGGUACCGAAUUUUCAACCAUCUCUCGCUAAGCCGGAAAAAAUGGCAGUAUGGGUUAGAUUACCUGGACUUCCAACUGAGUAUUUUGUAGAAGACAUUAUAAAAGCAAUCCUUGAAAAAGUAGGAACUCCGCUUAAGCUCGACAGAACAACAAUGUCAGUUUCCCGAGGAAGAUUUGCUAGAGCAGCUGUAGAGGUGGAUUUAUUGAAACCACUGGUACCUUAUGUUUGGGUUGGGAAAAGGAAACAAGCUGUUGAAUAUGAAGGCCUCCAUAUCAUAUGUUUUGGCUGUGGAUAGGGGAGAGCAAACCCGACCCUACCCGAUUGACCCGACCGGAUAUAUCCGAUUAUUUUUUUUGGGUCGGAUAACCCGACCCGAAUCACCCAAACCCCACCCGAUUUUUCCAACCCGAGAAUUAAGCGGGUAGCGGGUAGGGUUACCAAUUAUGCUACCCGACCCGCCCGAAAACCCGAACUAGCGUAGUGUAUAUACUACUUUGAAUUAUUAUGCAUGUUCAAAUAUCUCAAUUGUUGUAUGUCAAUUACCAUAUUAUGCAUAUUCAAGUAUUUCAAUUACCGUAUUUGUAAAACUAUAACUUUGAAUGUUGUAUUGUUAUGACUUUGAAUGAUAUUUUGACCAAUUAUCAUUUUAUUUAUCACAAUAUC